UGAUUUAUUUAGUGACUGAGAAUCAAUUUUUAAAUAAUUAAAAAUUAAAGAAAUGAUAAAAAUAUGAAAAAUAUAAUUAAAAUUCAAUAAAUAUACAUAAUAUAAAUUAUAUAUUGAAAAAUGGUUUCUUGGAGUUUAAUUAUCGUUGGAUUGAUUUCACUUGGCUCAAUUGUUGCUAAAUAUAAUCCUGUUGUUAGAAUAAAAAAUGGUACUAUAGAGGGGACUAUUAUGAAAAGCAGAAAAGACAGAGAAUUUGCAUCUUACAGAGGAAUUCCCUACGCACUACCUCCAUUGGGAGAAUUAAGGUUCGAGCCACCAAAACCAGCAGCUCCUUGGACCAAAGUAUUAUUUGCCAAAAAAGAUCCAAAAAUAUGUACGCAACGAGAUGUUUUUACAAACCAAGAAGAGGUUGUUGGGGAUGAAGAUUGUUUAUAUCUUAAUGUUUAUACACCCCAAAUUUCGGAUCCAAAUUUGGUUUCAAAGCAAAAUAUUAGAUACCCCGUAAUGAUAUGGUUUCACGGGGGUGGUUGGCUGACUGGGGCUGGAAAUUUUGAAUCGUUCGGUCCAAAAUUUUUGCUUGAUCAUGAACUAAUUCUCGUCACAGUCAACUAUAGACUCGGUCCAUUAGGAUUUUUAAGCACAGAAGAUUUAAUAAUUCCUGGAAAUCAAGGAAUGAAGGAUCAAGCACAGUCGAUUCGAUGGGUUCGCGAAAAUAUUUUAGAAUUUGGAGGUGAUCCUAAUAGAGUGACUAUAUUUGGUACGAGCGCAGGUGGUGCCAGUGUUCAUUAUCACAUGAUGAGUCCACUUUCAAAAGGUUUGUUUCAUCGAGGUAUAUCCCAAAGUGGAACAGCGCUAUCUCCAUGGGCGUUGAACAAGCCAGGACUAGCCAAAAAACAAGCAAAAAAAUUAGCAAAACUUUUGGAAUGUCCAACGGAUGACUCAAAAGAAUUGCUGCAAUGUUUAAGAACAAAAAAUCAUAUUGAUAUUAUCGCUACCGAUCGAGCUUUUCAGUUUUUGCAUAACAAUGAUUUCCUGAAAUAUUCAAUCUAUGGACUAUUCGAUGGCAAAUUAUUGAAAAAACUGAAUGAAGACUUCGAAACUAUUGCUCCCAUAAGUUUACUUUAUGAGGAUUUCUGCCCUGAAAAUUCUAUUAAAAAUGUUACACAGCAAAUUCGAGAAUUUUAUCUAGCUGAUCGACCUAUUGAUGAAUCUACGAGAUUUGAUCUAAUCAACAUGUUCACUGAUCCCUGGAUAUCUAUGCCGGCAGACAAUUCUUUAAAAUAUCAUUUAGAAUUUUCAUCUUCACCAGUUUACUAUUGUCUUUUUGCAUAUAAGGGAAGUUCAUCCUUGAGCAAAAUAUUCGGAGACGAAAAAAGAGAUUAUGGAGUAUGCCAUGUAGAUGAAAUCCAAUAUUUAUUCCCAAUUGGUGAAAAAUUGUUUAAAAACACACCCAUGAGUAAUGAAGAUCAAAAGAUGAUUGAUCUGAUGACCAGCCUUUGGUUUAAUUUUGCAAAUUCAGGAAAUCCAACUCCAGAAAUUUCUCCCCAAAUUCCAGUAAAGUGGAAACCAGUCAAGACAGAUUCUUUUGAAUAUCUUCACAUAAAAAAUUCGAAUGAAGUUUUCAUGGAUGAAAACUUGUGGCCCAAAAGAAUACAAUUUUGGAAAAAUUUACCUUGUCGGAAAAAGCUUUCCAUUCCAGAUAAAACUCAACUACUAAAGAACGAGUUUUAAUUUAAAAAUUAAUUAAUUCGAAUUCACUUUUUAUAAUCAAAAAAUGAUUAAUUUAUUUUUUCUUCUUGUCUUCCUUUUUCGGAUUUUUAUUUUUGAGCAGGGUUUAAUACUAUUGGCAAUUGAAAUUUAAUCCCCCAGAAACUGGAAGCCUGAUUUCCUAUCUGAUGCACCAGAGAAAAAAAGGCACUAAAACAAACCAAAUUUUGAUAAUUCCCUUGACAUAUCAAUAAAAAUUCCGAAAAAUUAAAUUCCCGAAAAAG